GAUAGGCAAUCAACAACACUACAAGUACUGCAGUGUUGGCAACACUGUGCCCAUUUUGUUGUGAAUUAUUGUUAAUUUUUUAAUCUAAUUUGUGUAGAUCGUGCCCAAUAUCAUCCAAACGCGAGCGAGUUCAGCAUGUGCCAGAUGUUGUUAUAGACGACAGUAACAUAAAUAACAAAGAAACAACGCGCGCGCCCCUCUCCCCCUCAAAAAAAUAAGCAAACGAAACGAAACGUCUUAGAAAAUGACCAUGGGCGAGCGUGAGCCAACUUCGUCUCUCGUUCUGCCCGUUAUACUGAGGCCUAUUUUCACACAGCUCGAGCGACGCGACGUUGGAGCAGCACAGUCGCUGCGCUCAGCGAUACUCAAAUCGGAGCAGAACAAUCCGGGCUUCUGCUAUGACCUCGUUGCGUCGAUCGUGCGACGCGCCGAUCUAAAUGUCAACCUAAAUGAGGCCGUCUUGCGUUUGCAGGGCAACAUUACCGAGGCAGACCUUAAUGAAUAUCGCUUAACACGCACCGAGGAACCGUUCCAGGAGCUGAAUCGCAAGUCGGUGGCCCUUAAAGUGAUACUCAGUCGCAUACCCGAUGAGAUCAAUGAUCGCAAGACCUUCCUCGAGACAAUCAAGGAAAUCGCUAGCGCCAUAAAGAAGCUGCUCGAUGUGGUCAACGAGAUUGGUUCGUUUAUUCCAGGCGUCACUGGGAAACAGGCUGUCGAGCAGCGCAAGAAGGAGUUUGUUAAAUAUUCAAAGAAGUUCAGCACAACGCUGAAGGAAUACUUCAAAGAAGGACAGCCGAAUGCAGUAUUCAUAAGUGCACUUUUUUUAAUAAGGCAAACGAAUCAAAUAAUGCUGACAGUUAAGAGUAAAUGCGAGUAGAAAAUUAAAUGUUUUAAUUAAUGCAAAACUUAGUGGCAUUUUAAUUUUACGUUUAACUAACAAUCUAACAACACACACAACACAAUACAACAAAUACAAGCAAAGAACACAAUAUCCACAAUCUGCAAAGAAACAAAAAUAAAAGAAAACAAACCUGUUGUACUACAAAGAAAAACAAAU